AUGUUUGUUCUAAAGGCUUUAGUCUCUGUUUUGUCGGUUUUUCUAUCUGUGGAUGCAGUUCCUGUUGUUUUUAAAGAAUCAACACCCAACGGGGAAGCCAUAGUCGCAAUAUCAUCUUCGGAUCCCAACGUAGAGAAAUAUUUCACUGAACAGUUUGCAACUAGAUCUGGCUUCACACAAUUGCAUCCUGAGGAACAUAACCGUCCAUAUAGCAAUGGUCCUAAUGGGCAAGGUGCACAUUCGAGCUUCAGUAUCGCUGUACCUGGCAAAGCUGUAGCAGGUGCAGGUAGAAGCUUCGCAUCAGCGUCUAGUGGACCAUUUGUCCCAUUAUUCGCAUUUCCUAUAGGUCCUGAAGGUUUUGGUUACAAUAACUUCGACCUUAAAGAUUGGGUUCGAAAUGUUGAAAGCUUCUACAACCCCCGCUUCGGUGGCAACGGCCAAGUUAAUACUGCGACAGCAAUUAACGAUAAUGGCCACAUCUACGGCAGUGUAAACAAGGUCACGUUUGACAAUAGAGAAAAAAGCACUGAUAGUUUUAAUGGUAUGGCAAAAAUAACUGCAAAUUCUGAUAAAGUUGUGUCACCUUUUGAUAACAAAGCGAAGAACAAUGUUGACAACAAAGGGGGUUAUAGAAGCUUUUGA